AUGAAGAGGGAGAUUCUCCUCCAGCUGCAGUCUGAGAUGGAGAAUAUGACAGACGCCUGGCUCAGCACGGCACUCAAAUCCUUGCUGCUCAUCCAGUCCAGGUCAGCACAGUGAGUUGGACAUUUAGAGAGUGUAUUCUCAUCUUACAGUUUUUAACUAGAUGGUUUUAUUUAGGUCAGACCGUGUGUGUAUAUAGUAGUGGAGUUUUUUUUGGUGUCCUUGCUCUCUUCUCACGUGUCCGUGUGGGUGUCCACAGGGGUAAGUGUAUGAAUGUCCUGGUGACGACCACCCAACUCGUACCUGCUCUGGCCAAGGUGUUGCUCUAUGGUCUGGGGGACGUCUUCCCCAUAGAGAACAUCUAUAGUGCCACCAAGAUCGGUAAACCAAACCACUCACACCACGCACGCACGGCACACACUGACCUCAACAUGUGUUUUACUUAGCUUUUGGGUUUAAAGGGAUGCUUUGGGAUUUUGGCAAUGUGGCCCUUUAUCUACUAGCACGCUAGCUGAUACCAUAGACUUCCAGUCAUUGCGCUAACACUAAUUAGCAUUGGCUCGCAAAACUACCUCUAACUUCCUUCGUACUGGACACAGAGACACAUAAAAGAUGGUAUCGACAAGUUCAUCUGACUCUGGGGAAGUAGAUAAAGGACCUCCUUGCCAAAAUUUGAAAGAUUUGUAUUUGAUCGAAGUUGGAUGAAAUUGAUUAACUCCAGAGUUGCUUUUCCUGUGGUCUUUCCGUAGGGAAAGAGAGCUGCUUUGAGCGCAUCGUGUCUCGCUUUGGGAAGAAUGUGACCUAUGUGGUGAUAGGAGACAGCCGUGACGAGGAAUUGGCAGCCAAACAGGUAGGCUUAGUGCAGUAUGUGCAUUUGGGAAACACUUUUAGGGUUGCACGUACGAUCAAAGCAUUUUGGCAAGUUAUUAAGACUGAACCAAACAGCCGGGAGUAAUUAUUCGGUGUUGCAUACAGUAUGUCAAGUACUUCUGCUGUUCACCAAGGCCCCGAUUCUGACUUAAGGAAAUUAGGCCUUGCUUACGCAUGCCUUUUCCACGCACUUCUCAGUAGUUGGUAUUCAGACUUACCUUAUGAAGGCGCGUAUCAGGCUUUGCAGGUGUGGUUCCCCUUGCGCGCGAUGAAUAAAUGUAAAAUCGACCGCUGAAAACCAUCCCACUUGCUGGCCAACAGAUUUUCUCGUGGAGUUUUCAUUCAAUAGGGUUUUCAGUACAAUUAUCUUAAGCCAUCCCUUUAAAAAACGGUGCACCUACAGGGAUCAAUGAAAGAAAGACAUCUAUGCAUCUUGGUCUCUGUUUCAGCACCAACUGGUAGAUUUAAAAACACUCUGAUCUUGUAGAUUAUUUAGGCAAAUUUCAGGGUUUGAAAGUAUGUAUGAAUCAUAAAACAAACUGGUUUGGAGAGCCUUGACGCACAAAAUAUAUUGAUGAAUUAAAAAUAGUGGUUUGAUUCAAUCCAUGAACUACUGGAAGGUGGAUUUAUUGUAGAACAAUAAUCCUAUAAAUCGACCCUAAUUCUCGCUUAUCGUGGAACUGUUCUGACAACGGUCCAGUCAUCAUGAACCAGGCUCCAGGUUUAAACUGAUACAUGUGGUCCGAGUUCCAUAACGAUUCAAAUAGGCUACAUGUCCCAUUAUUAUUGCACAACAUUAGCCUAAUAUGAUCCACUAAUGCAAGCGACCCUCAGUAACAACUACACAGACGUGACAGAGGAAGGAAAGGUACACGGAAUGGAAAUGACGCAAAAAAAUGUAAACUACAAAUUUAAAACUAAUACUAAAGUGACAGUUAUAAAUAUAUGUGGGUAUUACUGACGGUGGCUCCUUAUAGUGGCUAAUAUUUAACAUGAUACAAAUGGUAAAAUAAAAACGGAGAAAAGCCCGGGCAUAAUUAAAAACAUUGUAAUGCAGGUUCAGCCCUAUAGAGGCCUAUAGCUUGGGUGUCCAAAUUUAAUCCACGCAAAUUAUGAGGGCACACAAUUCAAAUUCUGAGUAACGACACAGCUAUUUAUAGCCUAUAUAAAAUAAAGUCGAUGCUUUUUCCACUCGGAAGCGGCAGGUUCGCUCGACCUUAUUCAUGGUUUCCUCGUGCAUGAAGGUGGUGGAAUUAUAAUGGAAUGAAGUUCCAGGUCAGAAUACUGUGUAUCUGUAGACACGCCUCCGCCACACCUUCAUGUAUUAGAUCUCCACCCUGAAGGAAUAGUGGGUGAAUAGCAUCCUAUUCUGAUGCUUAAGUUCCAGGUCAGAAUACGCUUAGAGAGAAAAGUGCAUAAAAAAGGAAUUACGUUCCAUUUAUGCGCGAUUUAAUUCGGGUCGGAAUCGGGGCCCAAGUACUUCUGCUAUUCACCACUUACACUCAGCACUGCAGUAAAUAAGUCUUGGAGUAUUGAUUUGACUCUGGUGGUUUCUCAUGACGUCUCCCUGCUCGGUCUUUGCAGCACAACAUGCCUUUCUGGCGCAUCACCACCCACGGGGACCUGGUGUCCCUCCAUCAAGCCCUGGAACUAGACUUCCUGUAG